CGGUGAAUACAACAUCAACGUGGAGGCCUUGAAUGCAGCAUUAAUAGCAUUGCACAGUUUAGGGACUAUUGCCUCCUUAGUGUUGAUCAUCAUAAACUUGUGCCAGUGCUUUCUCUGCUCAGAUGUCUGCAGCACUGAGUCUACGUCUUCUCCACUGCUACUCCAAACAAGGUACAUUUGGAUAUGGCUGCGGUGCAAUUCGCCCGCUGAGUCUCAGUGUGCAGAGAGACGGCUACAAGUAUGUAAAUGCUCAGGAGCUGCCAACAGACAUGAGAUCCAUCACUGACCGGGCUGCCACAACCCUGCUUUGGACCGAGCUCUUCAGAGGUUUGGCAAUGACCAUGAGUUAUCUGUUCCGUGAACCUGCCACCAUCAACUACCCAUUUGAGAAGGGUCCUCUGUCGCCCCGCUUUCGUGGGGAGCACGCCCUCCGCCGCUAUCCUAACGGAGAGGAGCGCUGCAUUGCCUGUAAGCUUUGUGAGGCUAUCUGCCCUGCUCAGGCUAUCACUAUUGAAGCUGAGACUCGAGCCGAUGGCAGCAGGCGGACCACACGCUAUGACAUCGACAUGACCAAGUGCAUCUACUGCGGCUUCUGCCAGGAAGCCUGUCCUGUUGAUGCCAUUGUUGAGGGUCCGAACUUCGAGUUCUCCACAGAGACCCACGAGGAGCUGCUAUACAACAAGGAGAAGCUACUCAACAACGGAGACCGAUGGGAGGCUGAGAUAGCAGCCAACAUACAAGCAGACUAUCUGUACAGAUAGACUCACUGUGGGAAGGUCCUGUAUGUCCUCCUGAUAUGCAUUUAAAGAGAUUACUGGCGGUUUUACAGUUAUGCCAGCGGGUUCCGAGUGGUAAAGCCUCAUACACUGAGGAAAUUCUAUAAAAAACGCACAAAUUGUAUGCCUCUUGGGUGUAGUUGUACUUUUUUGAUGUUGAGCUGUAGCACGUCAAAGCUUGCAAUAUAAGAGUAUAUUAUUUGAAAUGUUUGUUUUAAAGAUAUUGACAGACCUGUUGCAAAUUUAACUAACCGAAUUGAAAUUAAAGGGGAAAAACCUCUGAAACUGAGAAGAUGUGUUUUGUGGUUUUUUUUGUCUUUUAUAUUAUAUCCAAAACUUGACUCUUGUUGGACCAAAUCCCUUAUGUUAAGUGAGUUAAUGACUGUGUUUUUAAUGGUUUAUUAGGCUAUUGUUAGAUGGUUGUAGCCUCCAGUGUAACUAUUGCCGGCUGCAGUUGUGAUGCAAAUAAAUUACUUUUAAAUUUUUAGUCAAUAGAAAAAAAAAAUAAUAAUUAAAUAUGGUUAUUCAGGGUUCACUGGAUUAUCUGCGUUUUCGAGUUGCUUAAUAAAUAAAAAACUGACCAACUGACUUUCAACUAUGUCAUUCUAGUUUUCGAAAUUAAAACGCACUUGUGUUUUUGAAGCCAGCUCUGGUAAACAGAUGGUAGUUAUAGAAAUUGAUUAUUAUUUUUGUAGUACACAAAGAAAGAAAAUAACUUUUCAUUCACUGACUUUUGUGUGGUAAGUGUACCAACAUUACUUGGUCUGACCUACGAAGCUUUGGCUAACACUAAACAUUUUGGGUAUUGGGCUCUUUUGUCUGCCGCAUGUGCAUCCAAAAGUUGUUCAAUGAAACGAGGACGUUGCUGCUAUCCUGUGGGUUUUUUUUUUUUGUUUUUUUGUUUUUUUUUAACAAAUUACCUCAGAAAUAAACAGCUCGUAACCAUACCCAGCUGCCCAGCCUCAGCUGCUUGUCUGUAGUGGGAAAUUGUGCUUUUCUAGCUACAUGUGAAUGUCUUUUAGGGUUGGAUAAGUGUGUUUAAAUAAAGACUGAAUGCUGAAUCACG